AGAAGGUCUUUUCCCUCGGAGGGAAUUAAGCGGGUGGUGGUAUCUCUGAAGCUUCGUGGAGGCAGAAGGAACAACGGCUCGAAGCUUCCUGGAAGAACCAGGCGUUUCUGUGGGAUUUCAACAACCAAAAAUCCUUGGGAUCUCUGUCCAGCCUGGUCCCAGCGGGGAGAAUCAAGGAACUCUCCCCAACUAAAGCAGAGCACGUACGGAAUCCUCUGCGCUGCAAAUCGCUGCGGAGUGGAAAUGUCUUGGAAAGGCACCUCCAACAAUCAUCUUUGCUGAAAAUUGCAGUGAAGCAGGAUCCCACGAACACAUUCUCUGGGUGUAGGUUCCAUUCUAAGGGUCCUACUAAGGAAAUCCUGAGGAUGACUCCACCCAUCAUGUUUGGAGAUCAGUGAUGAGGAUGGAAGUGCUCCGUCGUUCUUCUGUCUUUGCUGCAGAGGUGAUGGAAGUAUUUGACCGGACUCCCACUGACAAGGAGCUUGUAUCUCAAGCCAAGGUGCUCUGCAGAGACUAUAUUCACUCCAGGCUCAUUCGGGCUGGAAUUGGCUGGGAUAAGCCUGAGCACAGUUCACCUGGUCCAGUUGGCAAGUUAGCAGAGGUGUCCAGCAUACUUUUAAGGUUGGGGGAUGAGCUGGAGUAUAUCAGGCCCAAUCUUUAUCGGAACAUAGCACGGCAGCUCAACAUCUCUCUACACUCGGAAACCGUGGUGACGGAUGCUUUCUUGGCUGUGGCCACUCAAAUCUUUUCUUCAGGAAUAACAUGGGGUAAGAUUGCAUCUCUCUAUGCCGUGGCAGCGGGCCUGGCUGUGGACUGUGUGAGACAUGCCCAGCCAGCCAUGGUCCAUACCAUUGUAGACUGUUUGGGAGAGUUUGUACGCAAGACCUUGGUGACAUGGAUGAAGAGGAGAGGAGGCUGGACAGACAUAACAAAAUGUGUAGUGAAUGCUGAUCCUAACCUUCGUUCCCAUUGGCUUGUGGCUGCCAUUUGCAGUUUUGGCCACUUCUUGAAGGCCAUCUUCUUUGUGCUCUUGCCAGAAAGAUGAUAUCCAGUUAUCAAAUGAAGUUCCAUCUUCUUCUCAGUGACACAACAGACACAGAGAAGGAGUAAUGAGAUGACUUUCCUCCACAUUUUUCCAGCAAUGGGAAGCCUUUUUUCAGUUCAUGUCUUGCACCAAGCCUCUUUUGUAUUUUCAGAUUUGCAUAGAACUGUUCACAAGGCUGAGCAAUGGAAGAACUUGCCACUCAGUUUGUUGUUUUUAAAUUGUGUCACAUUUUUAAUGCAUUAAAAAGAAGGAAGCUGAUUUGGAGCUGUUGUCAAGAGAAAAACUGUGCCCUGAAUUUGUAAUGUAAACUACUUUUGUGUUUUCCAGUUAUGAUUUUCACAGUGUUCUUCACACUUUGGAUCCUAAAUUCUUGGUUAAUGAUUGUUAAAUAAAGAAGGGGGGGGGGUUCUCCAAUAUACUGAAA